AUGGCUUCAAGAACAGGUCCAUGUGUGGGUCCAGGAUCAUAUGGUGUUGGAAAAGCCAUAUAAAAAUUGAAGUAAAAACCUUGUAUGGCAAAGUUUUCACAAACAUUUAUCUAAGACGAGGACUGCUACGAAAUUGUAAACAAUAUUCGAGUGCUGCAGCCUAAAUAUCUUAAGGGAAAAGAUAAGAAAUUAUAUGAUAAAAAUAUCGAGUGUUUCUAAAGGAACAGAUUGCUCAGAAGAAUUAGCGAGACAUACGUUCACCAAAGAAGCAUUGCUGAUUAACAAUAUGAGAAGUCAGGCGAGUAAUCUCACCCAACUAGAUCAAGAAAUAACCUCCAUGAUGAGAUAUCUGUAGAUUAUCAAAUGCUAGAAAGACCUAGAACAUAAUAGAAUAUUUAUAACGGCGGAGGUAGAUAAAGAAGCAAAUUUGUUUAGUCGCAAUAUUCAAAGUUCCAAACAUUGAACCAAGAAACUCAACUUGAAGGAAAUGACUUAAUAGUUGGACAAAGGAACAAUAUUAUGGAUAUAAGGUCUAUGCAAAAUGUAAAAGCUCAGAGAGCAGAGAGUUCUUAAAAGCAAAUGCAUAAUCAUACAUAUAGUUUGAUAGAUAGAAGCACUCUAAUGAAUGGAUCUACCAAUGCUUCGUUUGAAUAAUAUGGGAAAAAUUAAUCGCAAACUACUGGCCUUUCUUCUAUAAAAUCUAAAUCUAAAAAUGGAAGUGAGUUUGGGAUAAGAAUCAGAAAUCAAUCAAGCAUAGGAAACAGGAAAAGACUUGAUAAAAACAAGAAAUACAUCAGAAAUAUCAUUGACAAUAACUUAUAUGUUGACGAUGCUCAAAAUUACAAUACAAGUGCUAACUUUAAAAUAACACCGUAAAUGAAUCUUUAAAAUGAACCAAAGAAUAGAAAUCAAUAUUCAAAUCAGCAGCCUUUUUUUGAGGAAAUAGAAGUUAAUCUCAAUCCAUAACAAUACAAAUGA